AUGUAUGACUUUCUCUACACGACCUGCUUGUUCUGUGCGCUCGUACAUUUGCGAACGGCGGCACUGGCGUUCUCCGUGCAAUGGCAGGGACUACCGCUGAGGUAUAUGUCUGAUCAGCCUCCGACGGCGUAUUCCGGAAACUCCGUUGAGCAGUGUCCAUGCACAGUACAGAUAAACACGAUGGUCUGCAAGCAGUACAAUCCAAGCUAUAUGGCGACUACUCUAGAAGAAGCUCUGACGAACUUUCGCAACCAGCUGUAUCUUAAACCUGAUCAAGGGACGUACAUGCUGCCAGAAUUUCAGGUGCCGCCAAAUUUCCAGGUGAGUUCGAACCAAAAAAACAACAGCAACAAAUGGAAAAUGUCUGCUCUAUCGCUGUUGCAGUUUGCGAAAUUGGCCAGUCCUGAAGAAAAGCUUAGAGUGAUGUGUUCCACGCAGCUAUGCUGGGGAUGCUUGCAGGUACUUCUGGACAGCAUGCUACGCAAUGUGGAGCGAGACAACGACAUUGCGCUGAUUGCUUCCUUCAAAUAUAGUAUGCAGGCCUUGCUAACUCAUAUGGGCUUGGCGAAUAAAGAUUACAGGACCCACGUUAUGCCAAUUCCUGUUGGCGCAAAGUCCGAAUCCAGUACGUUUAAGCUGAUACUGUUCUGUGAGAAGACAAAGCUAAGAAAUCUCUCUGCGAACAAACCGAUGCACUAG